AUGGCCCACAAACAGAUCUACUCAGACAAACACUUCAAUGAGCACUACGGGUACUGGCAUAUCAUGUUACCCAAAGAACUUUCCAAACAAGUACCCAAAACCCAUCUGAUAUCAGAAGAAGAGUGGGAACUUGGUGUCCAACAGAGUCUAGGCUGGGUCCAUUACAUGAUUCAUGAGCCAAAACCACAUAUUUUUCUCUUUAGACAACCUCUUCCAAAAGAUCAACAAAAAUGA